GACUCCAGCCUCCCCAGUCUGUGUCGUCCUGCACAGCCGAGCCCAGGGUGGGCCUGGAGCCCCCAGACAGCGGUACCCAGCAGGCGGCACCCAGCACCCCUGCUCCCGCCUCACGGGGCCCCAGGAGGAGAGCAGCCACCAUGCACAUCCCCGAAAGCCUCCAGGACCUGGCUGACAGCGAAGCCGUGCAGUUUCUGAAGAGGCCCAAGAUCAUUGCACGAAUCUUCGCAGGGGUCUUCUCCCUCAUCGUCUUCUCUUCCCUGCUGACUGACGGCUACCAGAACAAGACGGAGAAUCCACAGCUCCACUGUGUCCUCAACAGCAACAACGUGGCCUGCAGCUUCGCGGUGGGAGCCAGCUUCCUGGCCUUCCUCAGCUGCCUGGUCUUCCUGGUCCUGGACGCCCACGAGAGCCGCAUCACCAGCUCCCGCUUCAAGACGGCCUUCCAGCUCUUGGACUUCAUCCUGGCGGUCCUCUGGGCAAUCAUCUGGUUCGUGGGUUUCUGCUUCCUGGCCAACCAGUGGCAGCAUUCUUCUCCCAGACAGUUCCUCCUGGGGAGCAGCAGUGCCAAGGCGGCCAUCGCCUUCACUUUCUUUUCCAUCCUUGUCUGGAUAUUCCAGGCCUACUUGGCAUUCCAGGACCUCCAAAAUGACGCUCCAGUCCCCUACAACCACUCCCUGGAUGAGGGCGGUGUGGUGCUGACCACCCUCUCCCCACCCUCUGCCUUCAGCCCUGUCAACACGCCCACCACUGGCCCCAACAGCCUGAGUUAUGCCAGCUCUGCCCUCUCCCCCUAUCUGACCACUCCAAAGGCCCCCCGCCUUGCUAUGAUGCCUGGCAACUAAGCAAUCUUAUCCACAUCAGUAAAGAGAUAAUCCUCCCUCCAGAAGGGUUUCUGAAAACA